CCCUUCUGGAACUGGAAAACCAUCGUGGGCUUCGGCGCCGCCGGCGCGUACUUGGCCUACAGCGAGUGGAUCUUCGACGCCUACGCGCGGGCCACGGAGGUCGAUCCGAGCGGGCUCCUCCCCAUCCAGCUCGAGUACCGGCUCAAGACGUUGCCCGUCUACCAGCAGUUGGCGAACACCAGCGCUGGCGACGACUGGGUGAUGAUGAAGUCGUACGAGAACUUGGACCGCAACGCGCUUGACAACAGCGCGGCGUCCGGGGCGUACGUGAGGCUGGGGAACACCGCCGCCGCCGCCGUGAAAAGCGAGGCGGCGUACGCGGCGCAGCACUUGACCAGCCACACGCUCGCGCAGCCCGGCGGGAUCGCUGUGCCGCCCGUGAUCUUCCACAACCGCAGCACCAACGACACCGUGACCAUUGUCCACAUGGGCUACCGCUUGUGCGGGUACCCGUUCAUCGUGCAUGGCGGCAUGUUGGCCACGUUGCUCAACGAGACCUUCAAGCGGAACGCCUCGUUGCGCCAUGACGCCGCGGGCUUCUUGAAGGACGACUACAAGGUCGAGAGCCUCGCGAUCUCGUACCGCCGCCCGGCGUUUGCCGACCAGUUUUUCGUCUUGCGCACGGAACAAGUGCCGGCGCCGGGCCCGGACCGGCCCGCGGUCUACAAGAGCACGAUCGAAGCGGAAAACGGCGCCGUUUUGGUCGAGGCGCACGCGACACUCAGACACACGGGGCGGGCGUCCCACCGCCAUAGCCAGGAACAGGCGAGCCGCUGGGCGCUUUUCUAG